AUGGGGGGGGGGAGGGAGGACGGGGUGUAUGCGGUGGUCUCGCUGGGAAGCAUCCACUUGGGCGACAUGUUGCUGCUCAAGAAACAGACGGAGGACAUCAGCAGCGUCUAUGAGAUCCGCGAGAAGCUGGGCUCGGGUGCCUUCUCCGAGGUGGUGCUGGCCCAGGAGCGGGGCUCCUCGCACCUUGUGGCUCUGAAAUGCAUCUCCAAGAAGGCCCUUCGAGGCAAGGAGGCCCUGGUGGAGAAUGAGAUCGCGGUGCUCCGCAGGGUCAGCCACCCCAACAUCGUGGCUCUGGAGGACGUCCACGAGAGCCCCUCCCACCUCUACCUGGCCAUGGAGCUGGUGACAGGGGGCGAGCUGUUCGACCGCAUCAUGGAACGUGGCUCCUACACGGAGAAGGAUGCCAGCCACCUGGUGGGCCAGGUCCUGGGCGCUGUCUCCUACUUGCACAGCUUGGGCAUCGUGCACCGCGACCUCAAGCCCGAAAACCUCCUCUAUGCCACGCCGUUCGAGGACUCCAAGAUCAUGGUCUCUGACUUCGGCCUGUCCAAGAUUCAGGCUGGCAACAUGUUGGGCACAGCCUGUGGGACCCCAGGAUAUGUGGCCCCGGAGCUCUUGGAGCAGAAACCCUACGGGAAGGCCGUAGAUGUGUGGGCCCUGGGUGUCAUCUCCUACAUCCUGCUGUGUGGCUACCCUCCCUUCUACGACGAGAGCGACCCCGAGCUCUUCAGCCAGAUCCUGAGGGCCAGCUACGAGUUUGACUCGCCCUUUUGGGAUGACAUCUCUGAAUCAGCCAAAGACUUCAUCCGGCACCUUCUGGAGCGAGACCCGCAGAAGAGGUUCACGUGCCAGCAGGCCUUGCAGCAUCUUUGGAUCUCUGGAGAUGCUGCCUUUGACAAAGACAUCCUGGGCUCGGUCAGCGAGCAGAUCCAGAAGAAUUUUGCCCGGAACCACUGGAAGCGAGCAUUCAAUGCCACCUCUUUCCUGCGCCACAUCCGGAAGCUGGGGCAGAGCCCGGAGGGGGAGGAGGGCUCAGAGCGGAGGAUGGCCCGCCACAGCCACCCCGGCCUCGGGGCCGGCCAGCCCUCCAACUGGUGA